ACGAAACCGCAGCAAACAUAAAGCACACAAAAUGAAAGUGUCUUCAGGGAUAUUUCGAUGGAUCACUUGUUUUUAUUUGAUUUUUUGUUUUCUUGUUGUACACUCAGAAAGACACAAAGGAACGUGGUCCUCAAGUGAUUUUCUCUUGUUCGUGUCGAAAUUUGGUGUCCAGAAAACUGACUUGAAAAACGAAGAUGCGACACAGGGAUUCUUUUACGGAAAUAUAUCAACGACUAGUAAUUCAUCUAACUCAUUAACAUUAGUUGUUGUUGAUAGUGAGUACUUCUCUCAUUUUUAUGGAAAUGCUACAUCAAAAUUGAACAAACAACAUAAAACCAGCAUUUGUAAAUCUAUGUUUAAAACAAUUGAUCAAGUGGCAUAUGAUAAAGACUGCAAACCAGAAGGGACGAAAGACUACCUCCGUAGAGUUCCAUGUCCUAAAAAUAAACUUUGUGUGGAUGAAGACACGCCAUCAAAUGUAGUUCCAAACUAUCAGUUUACAUACAAAAUAAUGGAUAAACAAAUACCAAGGUAUUGGUACAUGAGUAUAGUUGCCUGCUACAGAAAUACGACCAAUAAAAACUGUUCCUGGGUCAGUUCUGAUGAUGAUAUCACAAUAGACUAUGACAUCUGGUUGGUUAAUGGUGACCCCAUUUACAAGAAUUGGAAUCCAGUGGAACAUCAGUUUUCUUUUGAAGAACAUGAUAUAUUUGAAACCUUUUUGGGUUUCCUUGGCAUUUAUAUCAUCAUAGUGCCUUUCUGGUUCUAUGUCUAUUCUAAACAGAGGCAUUCACUUACAAAGUUUUUACUGCUCAUCACAUGCACAGAAGCAUUUGGAAUAUUUUUUAACUUUAUUCAUGUAGCCGUAUUUGCCUCCAAUGGAGUAGGAGUGUAUUGGAUUGCUGUUGCAGGCAAUGCUAUAGAUAUUAUAGCUCAGUGUCUAUUUAUGCUGAGUCUGUUACUUCUUGCCAAGGGUUGGAUGAUCACCCAGCCCAACAUUUGGGGGAGGAAGGUUGUGUUCUCUCUGUGGGGGGUCUACACACUGCUCAACUGUGUCCUGUUCCUAUGGAACCUGUUUGAGGUGGAUGUCAUUUCUAACAAGGAUGAAUGGCAGACGUGGCCUGGAUAUUUGAUAUGUGGAUUCCGGAUCAUUAUUAUGAUCUGGUUCAUCUUUGAACUGAGACAUACCUUCCUAUCCAGCCGGUGUCCGGAGGAUCGACUUCAGUUCCUCCAGCAGUUUGGAGCCUACUUCCUUGUCUGGUUUAUAUAUCUUCCAGUUUUAGUUAUUCUCAAUACACAGUUCUCUGCUCUAUGGAAGAAAAAAAUAAUGCUAUGUAUAACAAAUGGAGCAGACCUCCUCUCCUACUUAAUUCUUCUUCACUUGUUGUGGCCAUCACGGUCUAUUCUAUACCUUCUCAAAGGAGAAGAGCCGAUACCUUACGACCUUCUUAUCACAGGUGUUUUAGAUGAAGACCAAGAUGAUAAAACUAUAUUUAGAAGAAAGAAAACUAAAUUGAAUGGUCAUCUGAGAAGAGAGAAAAAUCAUAACACAAUAAAGAAUGGCUUCCAAAAAUCCUCCAAUUACACAGACGAGAAGAGGUUGGCUUUACUGCCUGAAGAAGAGGAAGAGGAGGAGGAGUUAUGACUGAAGCAGAUGACACCAGGGAGAAGAGGGCUAAAACUGCAGCAGAUGACACUGGGGAGAAAAGGGCUAAAACUGCAGCAGACGACACGGGGGAGAAGAGGGCUAAAACUGCAGCAGAUGACACUGGGAACACAUUGUAUAUGUAAAAAAUGUGUGAUUCAGAGAGGAAGAGUCUUUCAUUUUGUUUCAUAAACUUAUUUUAAAUAUAUCUCUAUCAUAACAGGCCAUAUAUA